AUGGCUGUGUUACUUACCUUCCAGGACCUGGCUGUGUUAAUGGCUGUGUUACUGACCUUCCAGGACCUGGCUGUGUUAAUGGCUGUGUUACUGACCUUCCAGGACCUGGCCGUGUUAAUGGCUGUGUUAAUGACCUUCCAGGACCUGGCCGUGUUAAUGGCUGUAUUAGUUACCUUCCAGGACCUGGCUGUGUUAAUGGCUGUGUUAUUUACCUUCCAGAACCUGGCUGUGUUAUUUACCUUCCAGGACCUGGCUGUGUUCCUGGCUGUGUUACUGACCUUCCAGGACCUGGCCGUGUUAAUGGCUGUAUUAGUUACCUUCCAGGACCUGGCUGUGUUAAUGGCUGUAUUAGUUACCUUCCAGGACCUGGCUGUGUUACUGGCUGUGUUACUGACCUUCCAGGACCUGGCCGUGUUAAUGGCUGUAUUAGUUACCUUCCAGGACCUGGCUGUGUUAAUGGCUGUAUUAGUUACCUUCCAGGACCUGGCUGUGUUAAUGGCUGUUUUAUUUACCUUCCAGGACCUGGCUGUGUUACUGACCUUCCAGGACCUGCCGCUGUGUUAAUGGCUGUGUUACUGACCUUCCAGGACCUGGCUGUGUUAUUUUACCUUCCAGGACCUUCGCUGUGUUACCGGCUGGGCAUUGGACCCCAGGACUCGCCGUGUUAACGGCUGUAUUAUUUUACCUUCUAGGACCUGCCGCUGUGUUAAUGGCUGUGUUAUUUACCUUCCAGACCCGCCAGCUGUGUUAAUGGCUGUGUUAGCUACCUCCUUUUGCGACCUGCCGCCAAAGUUAAUGGCCGUGUUAUUUACCUUCCAGGACCUGCCGCCAGUGUUAAUGGCUGUAAGUAUUUACCUUCCAGACCUGCUGUGUUAAUGGCUGCUAUUUACCUUCCAGGACCUGCCGCUGUGUUACUGGCUGUGUUAUUUACCUUCCAGGACCUGCCGCUGUGUUAAUGGCUGUGUUACUUACCUUCCAGGACCUGCCGCUGUGUUAAUGGCUGUGUUAUUUACCUUCCAGGACCUGCCGCUGUGUUAAUGGCUGUGUUAUUUACCUUCCAGGACCUGCCGCUGUGUUAAUGGCUGUUAUUUACCUUCCAGGACCUGCCGCUGUGUUAAUGGCUGUGUUAUUUACCUUCCAGGACCUGCCGCUGUGUUAAUGGCUGUGUUAGUUACCUUCCAGGACCUGCAGCUGUGUUAAUGGUUGUGUUAUUUACCUUCCAGGACCUGCCGCUGUGUUAAUGGCUGUGUUAUUUACCUUCCAGGACCUGGCUGUGUUAAUGGCUGUGUUAUUUACCUUCCAGGACCUGGCUGUGUUAAUGGCUGUGUUAUUUACCUUCCAGGACCUGGCCGUGUUAAUGGCUGUGUUAUUUACCUUCCAGGACCUGCCGCUGUGUUAAUGGCUGUGUUAUUUACCUUCCAGGACCUGGCUGUGUUAAUGGCUGUGUUAUUUACCUUCCAGGACCUGGCUGUGUUAAUGGCUGUGUUAUUUACCUUCCAGGACCUGGCUGUGUUAAUGGCUGUGUUAUUUACCUUCCAGGACCUGGCUGUGUUAAUGGCUGUGUUAUUUACCUUCCAGGACCUGGCUGUGUUAAUGGCUGUGUUACUGACCUUCCAGGACCUGGCUGUGUUAAUGGCUGUGUUACUGACCUUCCAGGACCUGGCUGUGUUAAUGGCUGUGUUAUUUACCUUCCAGGACCUGGCUGUGUUAAUGGCUGUGUUACCUUCAGGACCUGCAGCUGUGUUGUGGUUGUUAUUUACCUUCCAGGACCUGCCGCUGUGUUACUGGCUGUGUUAUUUACCUUCCAGGACCUGCCGCUGUGUUAAUGGCUGUGUUACUUACCUUCCAGGACCUGCCGCUGUGUUAAUGGCUGUGUUAUUUACCUUCCAGGACCUGCCGCUGUGUUAAUGGCUGUGUUAUUUACCUUCCAGGACCUGCCGCUGUGUUAAUGGUUGUUAUUUACCUUCCAGGACCUGGCUGUGUUAAUGGCUGUGUUACUUACCUUCCAGGACCUGCCGCUGUGUUACUGGCUGUGUUACUUACCUUCCAGGACCUGCCGCUGUGUUACUGGCUGUGUUAUUUACCUUCCAGGACCUGGCUGUGUUAAUGGCUGUUAUUUACCUUCCAGGACCUGCCGCUGUGUUAAUGGCUGUGUUAUUUACCUUCCAGGACCUGCCGCUGUGUUAAUGGCUGUUAUUUACCUUCCAGGACCUGCCGCUGUGUUAAUGGCUGUGUUAUUUACCUUCCAGGACCUGCCGCUGUGUUAAUGGCUGUGUUAUUUACCUUCCAGGACCUGCGGCUGUGUUACUGGCUGUGUUAUUUACCUUCAGGACCUGGCUGUGGUGUUAAUAGCUGUUAUUUACAGCCAGGACCUGCGGCUGUGUUGUGGCUGUGUUAUUUGCCUUCCAGGACCUGCCGUGUGUUGUGGCUGUUGUUACCUUCAGGACCUGCCCGGCUGUGUUAAUGAAGCUUGUGUUAUUUACCUUCCAGGACCUGGCUGUGUUAAUGGCUGUGUUAUUUUACCUUCAGGACCUGGCUGUGUUAAUGGCUGUGUUACUUACCUUCAGGACCUGCCGCUGUGUUACUGGCUGUUGUUACCUUCCGGGACCUGGCUGUGUUAAUGGCUGUGUUAUUUACCUUCAGGACCUGGCUGUGUUCAAUAUUGUGUUAUUUACCUUCAGGACCUGGCUGUGUUAAUGGCUGUGUUAUUUACCUUCCAGGACCUGGCUGUGUUAAUGGCUGUGUUACUGACCUUCCAGGACCUGGCUGUGUUACUGGCUGUGUUACUGACCUUCCAGGACCUGGCUGUGUUAAUGGCUGUGUUAUUGACCUUCCAGGACCUGGCUGUGUUAAUGGCUGUGUUAUUUACCUUCCAGGACCUGGCUGUGUUACUGGCUGUGUUACUGACCUUCCAGGACCUGGCUGUGUUAAUGGCUGUGUUACUGACCUUCCAGGACUUGGCUGUGUUAAUGGCUGUGUUACUGACCUUCCAGGACCUGGCUGUGUUACUGACCUUCCAGGACCUGGCUGUGUUAAUGGCUGUGUUAUUUACCUUCCAGGACCUGGCUGUGUUAAUGGCUGUGUUAUUUACCUUCCAGGACCUGGCUGUGUUAAUGGCUGUGUUAUUUACCUUCCAGGACCUGGCUGUGUUAAUGGCUGUGUUAUUUACCUUCCAGGACCUGCCGCUGUGCUAA